GCGUCACUCACUUGACGCGCGCCUUGGACAGACACGGGCGGAGGGAGGGAGCGGAGCAAUGGCUGGGACCGUGGAUCAGAUCGCCAUCGCGGGAGAGGAGCCGGAAAGGACCAUCUCCAGGUCAGACAGUGGCAGUGGAGAGGAUUCCUUGGAUUGUCUGUUCUCCCGACUACCGUUAACUCCGUCUCUUUCUCCGCGGAAACGAACAACAAGCCAAAGCAAGUCUGAACCACCACUUCUGAGGACCAGCAAGCGCACCAUCUACACUGCUGGACGACCUCCCUGGUACACUGAAUCAGGAACUCCAUUUAAAGAAGCCUUUGUUAUUGGUUUGUGUGGAGGAAGUUCUUCUGGCAAAACCACAGUGGCUAACAAGAUUAUUGAAGCUUUAGAUGUUCCAUGGGUGGUUCUACUUUCUAUGGAUUCCUUUUAUAAGGUAUUGAACAAGGAGGAACAAGAGCUAGCUGCCAAAAACGAAUAUAAUUUUGACCACCCUGAUGCCUUUGAUUUUGACCUGAUCAUACAUACACUGAGGAAGCUGAAGAAAGGCAAGAGUGUGAAGGUUCCAGUUUACGACUUCACCACACACAGUCGAAGAAAGGACUGGAAAACUGUGUAUGGAGCAAAUGUUGUGAUCUUUGAAGGAAUUCUUGCAUUUGCUAACAAGGAGCUUCUAAAGCUUUUAGAUAUGAAAGUUUUUGUGGACACUGACUCUGAUAUCAGACUUGUUCGACGCUUAAAAAGAGACAUAUCUGAGAGGGGUCGUGACAUUGUUGGUGUUAUCAAACAGUACAACAAGUUUGUCAAACCUGCCUUUGAACAGUACAUAGAGCCAACAGUACAGCUUUCAGACAUUGUUGUCCCUCGAGGUGGGGAGAACUUUGUUGCUCUUGAUUUGAUUGUUCAACAUGUUCAUAGUCAGCUGGAAAAGCGUGAAAUCACUGUAAGAGCAGCUCUUGCAUCUGCCCACCAAGGUCAACCUCUGCCGGAUAAACUAAGUGUCCUUGAAAGCACGCCACAAGUUAGAGGAAUGCACACAAUUAUCAGAAAUAAAGACACAAGUCGAGAUGAGUUCAUCUUCUAUUCAAAAAGGUUAAUGAGGUUGCUGAUUGAGCAUGCUCUUUCCUUUCUGCCGCUCAAGCCUGUUACCGUGGAAACACCUCAAGAAGCGCUAUAUGAAGGGAAACGAUUUGAUGGAAAAAGAAUAACAGGAGUCUCCAUUCUUCGUGCUGGUGAAACCAUGGAACAGGCUCUAACAGCAGUGUGCAAGGAUAUCAGAUUAGGGAAGAUUCUUAUUCAGACUAAUCAUGACACAGGAGAGCCCGAGCUACAUUAUCUUCGAUUACCCAAGGAUAUCAGUGAAGAUUAUGUCAUUUUGAUGGAUAGUACGGUGUCAACAGGUGCUGCUGCUAUGAUGGCAGUUCGAGUCCUUCUGGAUCAUGACGUGCAGGAAGAUAAAAUAUUUCUACUCUCCUUAUUGAUGGCUGAGAUGGGAGUGCAUUCAGUGGCUUACGCCUUUCCCAAGGUUAACAUCAUUACCACGGCGGUAGACAAGAAAGUAAAUGAUGAGUUCCACAUUAUUCCUGGAAUAGGUAACUUUGGGGAUCGAUACUUUGGCACAGAUGCACCAUCUGAUUGGUAUGAGAGUGAUGAGGUCAUGGACUACUGAUGUGUCAUCUGAGUACCCGGGGGACCGUGAAAAGACUGCAACUGCUGUAUAAAGAAUAUUUUAAUUACUUACAAAAACUAGAUGAAUUGUCCUUUUGUGAAUUCAAAUUGUUCUUUCAAUUUAAAUGCUUUGGUUUAUCUUUAUUCAUGCUCUAAAACAGAAACUAUUUUAAGGUUAAGAUAUUUACACCUAGAGUUUGCAUUUGGUGUUCAUUAUAAAAUCAUCCUUGCUGCUCAUCAAUACUAAGUGGAAAAGUUCAAGUAAAUAACUUGAUUAAGUAAAUAAUCUGAAAAUUUAAUCUUAAACAUUUUUAAAAAUGACACUGAAAACAUCUCAUGGCAAACAAAAUAUUCAGGAACUGUUGUAAAUUGUAAUUCACAGGUGAUAUAUAUCCAUCGUAUUUAUUCCAGUCUAAUUUUCAACCUACAAAUUCCUGUUUGUAUAAAACUUUGUGUCAUUUGUAUUUGGUCUAGAUACAUAAAUUUCACCUGGGAUUGACUUCAGCAGAUGUAAUGAAGCCGGCAAAUGUCCCCAUUUUAACCUAUGAUACCAACUAUACCUUAUGCAAUCUUACAUUGUAAAAACAGUAACAAAAGGGGCUCACUAUCAUUUUAAAAGACCAUAUAUGAAAUGGGAAAUUAAUCAUUUAUUUACUCAUGGCAAUUUUUAUUCAUUACCUAAAUCAUUUCUGAAGCUGUUUCGUGGCAGUUAUACUUUAUAAUUGAACAAACACUUCAGCACAUAGUUACUGGUUAAUUAUAUAUUUUUGAUCUUGUAUAUUAUACGGCCUGCUAUUAUGAAUAGAGGCUCUGAGAAGUUGACUAAGACCGUUGCGUAAAAUUUCCACCAGUUCACUGUUAAAGACUAAACACAAUAAAUGAGUCAGUUUAUUCUCAUUUGAUUUUAGAGGUCCAACACAAAUUUUUCAGGCAACUAAUGGUCCGGCACUUCCUUUAAUCUGAGAGCGCACUUGAAAUCCCCCCCUCCCCCCCACCCCAGAAGUUCCCCAAUCGGCAUGUUGAAUUUUCUCCCUGCGGCCAGGGCUCUGGAACUCUGGCCCAGCCAGAGCCAGUGGAUCCAUUUCCAUAGCCGACCACCGAGGCCGACUUUGCAGUCAGAUAUCUCUUUCCCUCCCCCCGCAGCCUUGGCAGACCAUUCUAGUACCUUUUGACUCCUCUCGGAGGUUGUGACCUCUGUUGGUCUGGCAAAACGGAUAAGCGGACGAGGCUGUGGAAUCAUGGGUGCCAGAAAAUCGGUGAUGAACCUGUAUUAAGAUGCACGUUCAUUUCAACAGGAAAAUAUGUUAUUAACACAUAGCUUGGGACAGUACAGAUCAUGUAGGAUUCUUUCAGUGGCAAAGCUUCUAACUUAUCCCCAUGUUCUGUAAAAGAGGGGAUAUUGUAAAAGAAAAAUCAUGUUCAUUUAUAAACUGCAGAUGCUGAAAAUAUGAAGGAAAAUUGCGGGAAAUAUUCAGCAGGUAAACCAGCAUCUGUGAAAAGAGAAACUGAGUUAAUGCUUCAGAGAUCUUUCAUAUCUUCAAGACAUGCCAAAGAACUUUUCUGCCAGUAAAAUAUUCCUGAAGUGUUAAUCUGUAUCCAGUGUAUAUGUAAUCACUGUUAUUAAAUUUGCAAGAUUGGACCUGUAAUCAGUUUUUAACUAGUUCAAUAUGUUCAAAAGAAAUUUUGUUUUAUUCCUUUCAAAAUAGUUGUGAUUUUAUCAAGACUCAACUUUGCUUGAAAACAAGUGGGACCUAAAGUAUUGUGCACUAUAUAUUAUUGCUUAACUGGAAGUCUGUAUAAUUUUAUCAGUUUUAUCUAAAUGGUAUCUGAUAUUAACCGUUUUACAGUUUAGGUUUGAAGUAAUUUUUAAAAUACAAAAAUGCUGUUGUUAAUAUAUAAAAUAUAUAUUAAUAUAUAAAAAAAUUAAGCCUUCACCCAAAAGGCAUCAGUAGUUAAUAGUAUAUGUGCAGUGCAUCAAAUGAAUGAUUAAUAUAAUUCAUUCCAAUUCCAGUGGGUGACUUGCACAUCAUAGGUGGAUGAGCAUGCAGCAUAAGAUCUAGAUGAAAAUCUAAAUGAUCAUGAUAUGUUGCUUAACUAUGCCAGUGUCUGUACCUUAAUGUACUCUUAAAAUUUGAUUGAAGAAUUCAUAACUGUAUUUCUAUACUACAUAGAUCACAAAGAUCUUUGGUGUUCAUUGAAUAAUUUUGAGGUAGCAACUUUUUUUCUGAUAUGCCUGCACAUAAACUCCAUGGAACAGAAGUGCACUCCAAAGAACUAUGACUUUUGAACAUACUCAUUUUAUAAUUUUCAGAAAUAAUACAAUUUGACCAAAAAGUAAAUAUAAUUUUGCACAUUCUGUCAUAUAACUGCCGGAUCAGUCAGGUAAGUCACAAGAUUGCAAGGGGAAAAUAUACAAUGAAUGGCAAGAUACUUAACUGCACUCCCUGAAAGUGGCAACACAUGUAGAUAGAGUGGUAAAAAAGGCAUAUGGUAUGCUUGUCUUCAUUGGUUGAGGCAUUGAGUAAAUCCUAACGCAGCUUUAUGGGCCUUGGUUAGGCUGCAUUUGGAAUAUUGCGUGCUUUUCUGGUUGCCCCAUUACUGGAGUGAUGUGGAGGCUUUGGAAAGGAUGCAGAGGAUUUACCAGAAUAAUGCCUGGAUUAGAGGAGACCUACAAGGAGAGAUUGGAUUGUUUUCUCUGGAACUCUGGACAAUGACGGAAGACCUGAGUACAUAACAUUAUGAAAGGAAUAGAUAGGGUAGACAGCCAGAACCCUUUUUUCCAAAGAUGGAAAUAUCAAAUACUAGAGGAUACAGGUAAUCCACUGAUUUUCUGGCGACUGAUUGAUCCAUCACCUCCUUUAAUCCGGACAAAUUUAUGAGAGCACUUAAAAUUCCCCCCAGAAGUCCCCUUGAAAAUGUGGCGUCAAGACUGGGUUAGGCCACUAAUCUCGACUUGGGUUCAAAGUUCUGCGGCUCGUGUUUCUGCCCUUCGGGUGCUGUGAGUCUGUUGGGAAAGUGGUGCCUCGGCCCCUCGGGCACCCGUCGAUCCGCCCUCAUCGGGACUUCCAAGAGCAGUUCGUUAACUGGCGCCAGGGCUGCCCGUGUAAGAAAUGCAAGUUUCACUGUAAAUUUAAUUUACAUUUGAUACUUGUUUUAUUCAGGUCUCUAGCAGUCCAUGAGGCAUUAGAGACACAGUAGAAGUAUAAUUAGUGGGUCGGAGGUGUAUUGUUGAAUUUUGUGACCUCCGUUGGUCCGGCAAAACAGAUAAUCUGGCAAGGCUCUGGAAGCAAGGAUGCCAGAAAAGCGGUGCAAUAGCUGUGUAAACUAAGAGACAAAGUUUGAUGAUGUGUGAGGCAAUUAUUUUAGAGAACGUUGGGUGCCUGGACUGCACUGCCAGGUAUGGUGGUGGAAGCAGAUGCAACAGUGGCAAUUAAGAGGUUUUUGGAUAGGCUCAUGAAUAUGCUGGGAAUGGAAGAAUAUGGAUUAUGUGCAGGUAGAUAGGAAUUGAAUUUGGCUUUAUGUUUAGUACAGACAUUAUGAGCCAAAGCAUCUGUUUCUGUGCUAUACUGUACUGUUGUAAUGUGUGUCUUUUUAAAUAAAUUAUCUUCCCAACUUGCAUUUGUUGUAGGAUCACGUGAAUUUCCCCCCCAUUCAUACUGUGCUAUGAAGGAAAAGCUACCAAUGUUGUAAAUGUUUUGAUAUUGGGCUUCCUUCUGUGUUAUAUAAAUUCCAGUGGAAUAAGUUCAAUGUUGUGUUUUUGUUCCAAAAAAAUUACUAAAUCUCUUUAUGGCAGGAAAGCCCACACCGUGAUCACAUACUUGACAAAUUGGUUUGUUCAGUUAGCCCCAAGUGUCUCUCUUUCAUUUCCCAUACAUAAAAGUAAUGAAGCAUCAUAAAGGGGCUUAUCAACAAUAAUUCAAAAAUCUCAGUGCUGAACUGACAUUUGAUCAUUGUUGGUAGACAAAAAAGCUGGAGAAACUCAGUGGGUGAAGCAGCGCCUAUGUAGCGAAGGAAUAGGCGACGUUUUGGGUCAAGAUCCUUUUUCAGACUUGAUAAUUGUUGAAACUGCAGUUGAUAAUUGCAGAAUUAAUUUUUAAUUUAAUUUUACAUUGCUCUAAUUCUCUGGCACCAAUUUCUUUUUACCAACUUUUACAUGUACCUUUAAGCACUUUUGCAUUCUUAAGGAGUCAAUGUCAUUUUCCAGAUUUACCAAUUUAUUUUUCUUAUUGACAAGUCUUGAGAUCUCAUUUGAUGUUGUUUUGCAGAAUUGUCUGUGAAAUUGACAACUUUGUGAUUUAGCAUAGUAAGUUUUAUUAAACCUUGAAGGAGUAGAUUUUCAACUCCGCAUCUUAUUAGUGCUUGCGAUUGUCCUUCAAGUACAUGGCAAUGUAAGCUGGUGUCAAUGGUAUUAUACUGUUGUAGAAUUUGUCAGGAUAUGUAGAGGAAAAUGCAGUGAAUAACUAAAGUUCUUCCACUUUGCCCUGCAUUGGUGUAUUAUUUAUUUCCAGACCAACUGUUUAAUAACACAACACAUUUGAUAUUAAAUCUUGACAAUGUACUGAAACCUUAAUGUUCUUGCAUUUGUUUGUCUAAUAUGAUGUUUAAAUUGUCUGCUGUUCCUGCCACACCUAUCCUCCCCACCAAAUAAGCCUCUGCCAUGUGGCAUAUCAAGGAAGGAGUCCUGGGAAAUUGCGGGGCAAGUUUACAAAGUAAAUAUUAUAACCUGCAUAUUUGAUUAGGUAAGUUCAGUAAUUUUUGAUUUUAGGUUACAUACAAAUACAAAUAAAUGUCCUGUAUGUAUUCAGUAAUAUCAAACUCUUCUCUUAUUUGAGAACUUACUGAUUAUGUUCAAAACGCAAAACUUGCAUGGUGACUAACAAAACUUUGGGAUAAUGUGGCUGGCAACAUGUUAGAAAUGAUGUGUACUUUAAAUAAAGCAAACAAAUUCUCAAUUGAUGGAGCUCAA